AUGUUUAAACCAUCAAUUUUACGAACUCGUUCUUCGCGGCUUUUGUCGACUGUCGUUUCAUCCUCUGGCGUUAAGUUUCGCCCUUCUUCCAUCGUCUUAUUUUCCGGCUCUAAUUACCAUAAACAUUUAAAAUCAUAUUACUCUUCUCGUCCCGAGGGUCAUAUUCGUGAUAGCGAUAGUGCUUUCUCUAAGAAGGAGAAGGCGGUCGAAGACCAAUGGAUUAGAGCCCAUGACGCCGAGAAAAUAAAGCACCUUCGUGAAGAACUUGCGAAACAGAAAAAGAAACUUAAGGAACUCGAGGAAGAUAUCGAGGAGCUCGAUGAGAGUGUUGAAAAAAAUAAGAAGGAUUAG